AUGGCCGCAUCUUUCGCUCCUUCUAGGAGCAAGGCGCUCUGCCGGACAGUCGCGGCCUCAUCAGCCUCAAGUCUCCCGGAAUUUCUGGUACCAGCGUGGCGAACGACCUCUGCCAGCCAGUCGCGAUCAUUCUCUGCCACCUCGAGAUGUCCAUCGAAGCUCGGCCGAACACCUAUAACGAUCCCACAGGGUGUCACAGUCACCAAGGGCGAUCUGAUUGCAAAGCAAGGGUCGAGAGACUGGAAGGCGACGUUGAUGUCCAAGUUGACGGUUGAUGGACCACUGGGCCAAUUGGCAUUCGAUGCGCCAGAGUAUAUCCUCCUAGAGCAGGAUCUGGAGAACAAGCUCAUCAAGAUGAACAUUAAGGACGUGGAAAACGAGACACAGAAGGAGAUGUGGGGUACAUCAUGGAAAUACCUCAGCAACUGCAUCACUGGAGUCUCCGAAGGCCACUCGGCCAUUCUCCGUCUCGUCGGUGUCGGUUACCGUGCGACGGUGCAGGAACGUCGUGGAAAGCAGGCCUUCCCUGGACAGCAGCACCUUGUCCUCAAGCUCGGCUUCACACAUACCAUCGAGGAGCCCAUCCCGGCCGGCCUCAAGGUCACGACGCCGCAGCCGACACGUAUCCUGAUCGAGGGAACUGACAAGGUGGAAAUCAUGUCAUUCGCCGGGCGCGUGAAGCAGUGGAGGAAGCCGGAGCCGUACAAGGGCAAGGGAAUCUUUAUCAACGACGAGACGAUCAAGCUCAAGUCGAAGAAGAUCAGCUAGAUGGACGUCGGUUGGUUGGAUUUCUGUAUCAUAUAAGUGGAUUCUGUACAGCAUCUGUACCAUUACUACUGUGUCCGUGGGACCGAAAUAGAGCAUGUUGGUUUCAAAGGGUCUGGUUCUACACGUCGUGCCCCUCGCCGUCUGCUUCUGGCUGCCCUUAAGAUGGUUGCGCAGAGCCGCUCUCUCUUCGCUUCUAGCACCGUCCUUGGAUUAUCUCUUUCCCCAUAUCACUCGACAAAAAGCACGUAUGUAGUAU